GUUGACCUCCAAAUCGACCUUUCAGAAGCUCGAUACUCCCUUUUCACGAUAUCAUCACGCUGUGACGCAGGCAACUCGGAUGGCACAGUGUGUACGGAUGGGCGUACCAUACUUGUAGGAUCUAGACAGGGACUACCAUUCUCUAAAUGUCUGAUGACGGUCAAAUCCCGAAACGGUCCACUUCGGCCAGUCCACUGCAGGUGCUGAACGUCCUGAUUGUGCGCUGCACCACCCACACCUCUCAAUAGGAACUUUGCGGAUCAAAGGACUCAACAAUGGUUCCACAGUUUUAUCCCGUAUAUAUUCAGCCGACCUCCUCUCGUGGCAGUCUAUCAGAGCUUUACAUUCUCCAAUCACCAGACUCGCUAUUUUUGAUCGCGCCAUAGACUCGUAUUGCAUCAUGUGUAAAUUUGUAGUCCCCAUUCGUACUUGCUCAAAGUGCCACCAAAAUGAACCGCUUUUCGACGAGAAGGAAAGGCGACUGUCGCAUGUCAAUGAAAAGAAUGAGGUACCGCAAUCAUCUAUGGUCGGAAGCCAUGUGGCUCAUUGCGUUCCCAACAGCGAAAGUCAACAUACAUGGUACCCCCCUCAAGACUGCUAUUCGCGGUGGUGUGUCUUCAGCAGUGAACACCCUAUCACUUGUAGCUCCUGUCGGAUCACUUGUAAACGAACACAUGGCAAAACACGCAAGAUUCGGGGUGGCUCACCUUCGUAUGUUUGCCAUAGCUGUAUCUCAUGCCCUCAGCGGCAUUGCCCAUGGCAAUUGCCUCGUGGCAUGGGCACCAGCGUGCUUCGUCUACGGGAGAUUGGUUGGUUUGCUGGGUUAAUAAGGUCUUCCGCAAAAUAACAUCCAGCACAUGGCGUUUGUAUACAUAUUUGGUACCCAUGGCGAAAUACUAUUACCAAAUCAUCACUUUCAGACUAACUUUUUUACUCGUCGGCGAUUGACCACUUGGCAGGGUUUGAGGGGCCAAUAACGUGCUACGCAUAUGGAUGUCCGCGGGUUCUCCGGUGGUAAGCCUGCCUUGAGAUUAUG